CGCACGGGCCGGGACGGGGAGAAGUUUUCCCCGGGCUCUGAGCUGUGUGACCCCGACGGCGGCGGCGGCGGCGGCGCUGCGGAAGCGGACGCGGCGGAGCGCGAUGGCGCGUGCGGCACAGUGCUUGUGAAACUGACCACAGAAGCAUGGAUAUGGGAAACCAACACCCUUCUAUUAGUAGGCUUCAGGAGAUCCAGCGGGAGGUAAAGAGUGUAGAGCCACAAGUGGUUGGCUUCAGUGGCCUGUCAGAUGACAAGAAUUACAAGAAACUGGAGAGGAUUCUGACAAAACAGCUUUUUGAAAUAGACUCUGUAGAUACAGAAGGAAAAGGAGACAUUCAGCAAGCUAGGAAAAGGGCAGCACAGGAGACAGAACGCCUUCUCAAAGAGCUCGAACAGAAUGCAAACCACCCACACCGCCUUGAAAUCCAGAACAUCUUUAAGGAAGCGCAGGCCCUCGUGAGAGAAAAGAUAGUGCCCUUUUACAGUGGGGGCAACUCUGUGACUGACGAGUUUGAGGAAGGCAUCCAGGACAUCAUCCUGAGGCUGACGCACGUGAAGACUGGAGGGAAGAUCUCCUUGCGGAAAGCAAGGUACCACACGCUGACCAAGAUCUGUGCGGUGCAAGAGAUUAUUGAGGACUGCAUGAAGAAACAGCCUUCCCUGCCGCUCUCUGAGGAUGUGCAUCCUUCUGUCGCCAAGAUCAAUUCUGUGAUGUGUGAGGUGAACAAGGCCAGAGGCACUCUGAUCGCACUCUUGAUGGGCGUGGACAGUACUGAGACUUGCAGGCACUUGUCCUGCGUGCUGUCAGGGCUGAUUGCUGAUCUAGACGCCCUAGAUGUGUGUGGGCGGACGGAGAUCAGGAAUUACCGGAGGGAAGUGGUGGGAGAUAUCAACAAGCUACUGAAAUACCUAGAUUUAGAGGAGGAGGCUGACAGCACGCGUGCGUUUGACCUGAGGCAGAACCAUUCCAUCAUAAAAAUAGAGAAGGUCCUCAAGAGGAUGAGAGAAAUAAAGAACGAACUUCUCCAGGCGCAGAGCCCUCCUGAAUUGUACCGGAGCUCCAAGACAGAACUGCAGGGCUUGAUCGGACAGCUGGAUGAAGUGAGUCUUGAGAAAAACCCCUGCAUCCGGGAAGCCAGGAGAAGAGCAGUGAUUGAGGUGCAGACCCUGAUCACAUACCUGGACCUGAAGGAAGCCCUUGAGAAGAGGAAGCUGUUCCCUUGUGAGGAAAACCCCCCACAUAAGGCUGUGUGGGAUGUUCUUGGAAACCUGUCAGAGAUCCAGGGCGAAGUCCUCUCAUUUGGUGGAAAUCGAACUGAUAAGAACUACAUCCGUCUGGAAGAGCUGCUGACCAAACAGCUGCUGGCUCUGGACGCUGUGGACCCCCAGGGAGAAGAAAAGUGCAAGGCUGCCAGGAAGCAGGCUGUGAAGCUGGCCCAGAACAUCCUCAGCUACCUGGACCUCAAGUCUGACGAGUGGGAGUACUGAUGGGCCACGAGCCGACCGUGCUGGUUCGCACUUUAUCUACUUUUAGAGAGCUUUCAUUUCGUGGAGCCUAAAUGUAAUUUCUAUGUGCAUAUUCAAUCUCAGUAUUUAUGAUUUAAUCAAAUUAUAUUGAGUAUUUCUGCUGCUUUUGAUGUUGCAAAGCGAGUGUCAUUAUAGCACAUUAACUUUCCCAUGUGGCUCAUCAUCCUUACAGUGUGUGCUUUGUGCAUGUUUCAUGUGUUGUUAAUGGGAACAUGAAAAGGGCAGCAUUCCUAACUGUUAGAUGGGCUAUGCAGGCAUUAAGUGCAGAAUUGCAGAGUCUAGAAUCAGAUCAAACUUCUCUAACUGUAGCUAAGUUAGGAGGAGGAGGAGGA